GUUUUGAUUAAUUUUCUUCAUUCUAGUGAAUUAUGGUCGUACUUUUCCUCUUAUGUAAUGUGUGAAUGUUAACAUAUUAGUUGGAGUUAUAAAGAGAAAUUAGUACCCAUGGAUAACCGUGGAUACCCGAAACCCGAACGGGUAUGGGCAUGGUUUUGAUUUUCUACCCAUUUCUUAUGUGGGUAUGGGUAUGGGUAAAACCCGAACUACUUUGGGUAGGGUAACGGAUACGCACUAUCCGCGCCCAACCCGACCCAUUGCCAUCCCUAAUUUCAAUGGCCCCAACUCGGUCAAUGGUCGUUCGUGUUAUGGGCCAGUAGAAUAUUGGGCUGAAUAAAUAAAGUCCAUAAAGUACCUAUUGGGCCGAAUUAAAAGAAAAAGCCUCAAACGAACCGGGUAUAGAAGUUUCAUUUCGGGUUUCUCUCGGAGUCGAAUCAAAUUGUCCGUUCCCAGAGGCCAGAAGUUCAUGUUCAUCCCUCCCAGGAAAGAGGAAAAAGCGAAGAAGAAUCCAGUUGAGCAGAAAUGGCGGUUUCCUCCAUCUCCAUCCCCACUCUAAUUCACCAACUAUUCCACUGCAACGUUCCUCACUCCUCUACAUCUCCUUCCGGUUCCUUCGCGUUCCCUUCCUCUUCUUCUUCAUUCUCAUUUCCCGCCUCCACGGUCUCCAUCUCGAACCCUCACAACGCACCGUCUCUAUCCAUUUCCCGAGCUUCCUCUUCGUCAUCCUCCUCGUCUUCUUCCUCUCGCAGCAAGAGCAAGACGUCGACGGCGAAGAAGAAGAAGAAGGGCAAGAGUGGCGGCGGAGGCGGGCAUGGCGACUGGAAGGAUUUGGGCUUGAGCGAGGUUGAAGUCGUUGAGCCUCGCGGCGGGGGCCGGGAUUAUGACGAUGAAGAUGAUUUUGAUGAUUACGACGAAGCUGCCUCGACUUCCAUUUCGAGGUAUAAUGCUCCGCCGACUACUCCACUCCCGAAUCCUCCCGCUGGCUUUUUCGUAUCCGAGUCCGGCAGGGUUUCCAUGACUUCCAGCAACCGGAUUGCCACCAUUGUUGAUGCUACGAAUAACAAUCCAUUAGAGUGUGUUAUAAGGAGGGUGUUUAGAAGUUCAAGAGGUGCUGAAUGCAUGCUCCUGUGCCCGGUUGAUACACCAGUUCAGAUAUUGAAAAGUACAAAUAUCGAUGGGUGGUCAGCGGUCAGCGAUGAUGAAGUGGAGGCAAUACUUCCAGCUGCAGCAUAUGCUUUGGCAAAGAUAAACAUGCAUCUAGUCCAUAGCGGAUUCUGUUACACAGCACGAGGAGGAUUUUGUUACUCAGAAGAUGACAUAUUUGAUUUCCGUACAGAUGAUGGAGAAACUGUGGAUGGCUUACCAACAGAGGGUGUUGAAAUCACAUACUUCCAUCUGGAUGGUGCACAUUACAUGAUAUAUACUCCAUCAGAUCCACUCCUUUUUGUCGCAAUUAAGGAUCAAGACGGAGUACUGCAAAUAGCUGAUGAUGAUCUUUUGGAGGACUCGGCUAUCGUGAGUGCAAUUGAUGAGGAGACUGAAUUCAACGCACUGGUGGAGGAAGAAGCUGCUCUUAUGGAAUCUUUGAUGGGCAAAAGCUGAUUGCAAAGGUUGCAAACACAUCAACAUGUAAGCAUGCCACUCUUUUACUGAUUAUUGUUCUGAGUAGUUGCGUAAAUGCGGCCUGCUUCAAAUUUGAAACUGUCUGGGUGGGGUUUCUUAAGCGAAAUGAUGAUAGACCUAGACAGUAUGAAUCACAGAAGGCCUAGAAUUGCAUUAAUCGUUUCCUUCAUAUAUUGUACAUGAGGAAGCUUCUUAGCCUGUAUUAUUUGACUGAUUUGUCAUGAACAAUCUCGAGUCUACAAAGAACAUGAAGUAUUUGCACAUUACUAAUUUUCUAUUUCGUUUAAUAGUAGACUAAUUUUCAUUGAUU